UUACAGCAUAAUUGGAAUUUUCGAUCAAGAAGAAUCCAAAUCAUCAUGUCGGUGAAUUGAUAGAGCAGUAGCACGGUGUCAAUGGUUUGAGAAAGCAUCAGUUCAAUUUUUUCUUUAAUUUCUUCAAGUCUCGAUUUAAUUCGUUUAUCAUCUCGACGUAUACUCCUGCUCCUGUACUUAGCUAAUAACCAAACGCAUGGAGUAGUACACAGAUUUUUGUGGCCUUUUCUUCAGCAGUCCCGGUGUUUUAUUAAUUGUGCUACGUAUCCCAGUGCCGAAAAAACGUAUUGCUGUUUUUUCUAUUCAUUCUCGGUGUAUUAUUUCAUUCUGAACGAAUCUCGAAGUGAACAAUUGAUAUAAAUUUAGCCAGUUCUCCCAGUUAUUACCCGGUGAUUAGAUUGGUUUUUCUCCUCACUUCACCUCACAAUUUCAUCUACCAAUUCUUAUAAAUUUCUAAAGUGUGAAGAAAUUUGCAUAAACCCGCAAAAAAAACCUUAGUCCUGUCAUUUCUGUUUCGCUUCAUAUUGGAAUUAUUGUUGAGUGACUAUUUCUCCUUCUGUACUAUUCACAUUCGUUGUAUAUUCAUUCGCCUUAAUGAGCAGUGGCCUUCGAAAUUGUUCGAAAAUUCUAAAAAGAAAUGACAAUGCAACUACUACGAUAGCCAGUACCUCUACCGCUGCUACAAUUAAUGCAAUUUCAAAGACAGAUCCGCUUGGUACACCGGUAAUCAGUGAGCCGAAAAAGCGUGGACGUAAACCUGCAAUAAGCCGGCCAGUACUAAUUCCGGCAACGGUUAAAGAAAGUGUAGUAAAUGGUAAUGAUCACAGUAGCAGUACCGUAAAAGUAGACAGGGUGGCAGAACGCGGUAGAACAAUGAGUACUUCUGUAACCGGCAAAUGUAAUGACCAGCAGUCAUCUGCUAUUGCUACUACUACCACUACUACUACUGCUUUCGUUAGUAGCAUUGCUAAUGUCAUGAUCGAAAAUGAAUUGUUCUUACCGAAAGUCUAUGAUGAUAUCACUCAGCCUACUCCAUCCAUUGCAGCUAUGAAUAAAUCCGACGGAAGCAUACCUCUGGCAUCCACUGACAGUGGCAUCGAUUCGUGCGUAGAUGUGGAUCAUGAGAUGAAGGAUGUGGUGACAUUGCGGGACGAUGAGGAAGCUUCACCUAGUGAGAAUUGUAGCGAUGAUGCCGUUGCGGUUCCACAGUCCAGAAGUUCUCUCCAUUAUGAUCGUAUCAUUUGCGGUGACUGUCAUGCAGAAUUUUCGUUAUCAACAUUUGUGGAAUUCGUCGAACACAAGAUUUCACGUUGUGAUAAUAAUAAACGGACGCCAUUGGACGAGUUCCUUGCUAAUAUAUCGCCAACUCAUCCAUCCAGCGAAACCCUUCGGCCCGGUCGUCGACGACUUCUGGUCAAUUGCUGUCAUUCAUCCGCAGAUUUGAGUGAUUCAUGUUCCCGCUGCAUUCCAUCAUAUGGUAAUGAUCAAAGUGCUUCAUUUAUGUUGCCAACUAGUGAAGGUCAGGAAAAACGUAACGAUAGGGUUGAUGCUACUACAGAUACGGAUACCUUAGAUACAAAACAAAAUAAUGCAUCUUUGGUUGGAGGAGGAUCGUUAACCUGUCAUUCUUGUAAACAUGUAUGCAGUGAUGUUUGGAAUCUGCUGAAACAUGUCUUUAUUGCUCAUGGACUUCGUAUUUGUGAGGAGGAAAUGCCAUGUAUGCCUCGAAUGGGACUACCAAAAUCGACGGUAAUUACCUCAUCUUUGUCUUCAUCUUCAUCGUCAUCGUUAUUAACGCCAAAAACAUCAGUACAUCCACCAUCUCUCACAUUCGCAAGUCCGUUCACCACUUCCACCACGAAGAACAAACUGAAUGGUAAAGGUGGCUUCAGUCUGAAUGCAUUUUGCUCCGAACGGCUGAAAGAGAUUGCUGAGAAAGCAGGCGAACCGUUGACUGAUUUACGCCGUGUAGUAAGUCCGACCGCGAUAUCUUCUAGAACUAACGAGCACCUGAAAGCUACCGGUAUCAAAAGAACACAACAGUCAGAGAAUACCGAUGAAGAGCAUUCAAGUAAUGGUAUCACAUCAACGAGUGCUUCAACUACACCAUUUCUUCCUGGUUCAGCUCUCAAUAAUGUUUCCAGUUCACUUACCGCCGCUACAUUGGCUGCAGUUGCUUUACAACAGCAGCAGCAGCAGCAACAGCAGCAGCAGCAACAACAACAACAACAACAACAACAGCAUCCCUCUUUGCAGAAUUUAUGGAUGCAACCGAAUAUACCCAACAUGUUGGCCUUGAUGCAGGAAUAUUAUGCACAAUUCUCGUUGAAUAAUGCUGCAUCUUAUUUGCUUGGUGCUGGGAGUCCAUCAGUUACCCCCACGAACAACAAUGGGAGUGCUUUUAAUGCAAUCACGAAAAUCACAAGCAGCCCUGAAGAACCGUCACCUGUGGCACCAAAUUCAGCAACACAGUCACUUGGAUUAGCUGGUUUUAGUAGGUCCGAUACUGCGACACAGGAUCAAUUGUCCAGUCCAGGUGUGAAGCAGGGACCUUGGAAUGGUUUAGGGACAUUUGGGGGCAAAAGGCAGCGAUCCAAUAACGGUUCUGAAGCGCUUUCGCCAGCAACACCAUCUGGGGCUCCAUUGCACGGUAAACUGUCGAGGUUGGAUGAUGAGAGCAAUGAGGAUACAAAAGCGACUUUGCUAAAUGUUGUGGACGGCGAUGAUCUAGCGUUCGCUGAGCCAGCGGCACGUCGUGAUACAAAUGCUAAAAAGGAUCGCUGCACAUUCUGUUGCAAAGUUUUCACGAAUCGGUCUAAUCUGAUUGUCCAUUUACGAAGUCAUACUGGAGAAAAGCCUUACAAAUGUCGGUUGUGUUCGUAUGCUUGUGCACAGAGUAGUAAAUUGACUCGGCAUAUGCGAACUCAUGGCCAGCAGGGAAAGGAAACUUAUCACUGUAACAUUUGUCAAAUGCCAUUUUCGGUACAUUCAACACUAGAGAAACAUAUGCGAAAAUGUGUCGUUGCGAAUAAUCAGAAUCGUGAAAAUAAUCAACAGUUUUCUCCUGCCGAAGCAAUAAACACAAUAGACGGUCCAAACAAAGUGGUUGCUGCAGCAGCAUCAACACUUACUGAUGCAACAUCACUCCUUUCAUUUUCCAGUGUGUCCUUAAAUGAGUCGCAGUUACCGGCGAAUAUCACUCAGAGUAAUAAAAUCGUCCUUAACUGGUUACAGGCAAUGAACGUGAAUCGAAAUCCAACUUCAACUCCAAUACCAACAACUGGUGCUGGUAUUGGUUCUGGGGAUGGACAUCGUAUUAGUAAUAAUGUCAUGGUGCUUCCUACUGGGAAAGAAGACAACAGAGGUACAGGUGGUACUGCUGGAGCGGGUGAAGACGAGGAAAUGAUAGUUGAAGAAUGUGAAUCAUUUUCUGAUAUGCAAAAAACUCUUCUGAAACAGGAGACUGCCGCAUUGUCAUCAUGAUAUCACUUAUUAUUUUGCACUCAUGAAGAAACAGUCAAUUUAAAUCUCGGGAAAACAUUGUCCUUCCCAACUGCUUACUAUCUUGCAAAAACCUUCCCACUGACAGUACUUACAGUGCUGCCUCUUCA